ACAACCUGUUAAGCCACGUCCACACUAGCGUGACAAAACGACGAACUGUUCGUCAAACUAUUUGACAAACUGUUCGCAGAACAACUUAAAAAUAUGUGUGUAUGUUUACGUGUCCAUGUUCGCGUACAGCUAACCAAUAAAUUAACUUAUAUAAGUUAAAUAACUUUUCUGAAUAACUUCAUAGUAGUUCAAUCUAUCGCUGAGUGUAGACGUUUGUCAUGUCGCUUCAAAUUACUGCUGCAGCUUAUGUUUAUAUACAUCUCAUACUAGAGAAAAAUAAUAGAAGACGAAAACGUUGGUGGCAAACCCAACUUUUUACUCGUCGAUCAAAAUUUGGAAGAAAUUCGUUGUUAAACGAUUUAAGGACGCAAGAAAUUAAUGGACAGUUUCAAAACUUUAUGAGGAUGUCCUCGAGUUACUUUGAUUUGCUUAUUAAUUUGAUUGGGCCAAAAAUUGUUAAAACUGAAACGAUUUUAAGAGAACCUAUAUGGGUAAAAGACAGAUUGGCAGUAACACUUCGAUUUUUAGCUACUGAUGAAUCGUUUACAAGUUUGCAGCACCUUUUAAAAAUGUCAAAACAAGUCAUUAGUAAUAUUGUUAAACUUGACUUAACUUAAAAACUGAUCAUAAAAAAUAAUAGUUUUAUUUUGUGUGCUCGUGAAAAUGUUCGAAGACGUGUCCAUACCUGUCGUAACAUGUUCGCGUAAUAUCCUUUGAUGUUACGUCGAAAUACCGACAACUGACGGAUCGCCGAUUUGUUCGAUAGAAUGUUACAAGUUCGCCCAUUUGUUACACACGAAUCCUGUUGGCUAACACAUGUUCGUCGUUUUGUUACGUUAGUGUGGACGCGGCUUUGCGGUAUUGCACGCGUCGUCGGCGCCCAGUCGAACCGACCACGAGAUUGCAAACACGUCCGUAUAAAAGUUUGAUUUCAAAAUGAAUGGAUAAUAUGUUCAAACGAAUCGGGUACGAAUGAAAUAGAUGACCGUCGGAUAAAAGCUUUAAAAUGUUUUCGUGCAUUCGGAUAUUCUGUCCGUCAGGAAUCUAUAUGCUCGUGUACUCGAUCAUUUCCAGUGAACAUACAUACUUCGCACUCUCUCAUUCUCUGCAGAUGAAUGUGUCAUCUGAAAACAGCAGCUAUACACAUAUGUGUAGGGCCGGAUUAACCUAAGUGCAAAAGAAGCAUUUGCUCCAGGGCGGCAAAUUUAGUGGGGCAGCAUAAAUAAAAUAGCUUCAAAAAAAUUAUUUAAAAUCGUCAUUAAUACAAGAAACAAUGUCCAAUUUAUCAAUUUUAUGCAUAGAAUCUGAUUUGGUUGAGGAAAUGAAGUGAUAAGAACUAGCAUAAAAACUUGUAA